AUUGGAGAAGAAACGUUAUUUAUCUUAAAAAAAAUAAAAGCGUGUUGGAGAAGUUCUUAGUAAAAAAAAUUGCAAACUUGCAACCCAAACGGCCCAUAUUCGGAGUUUUCUCAGAAAUCUUUCAAGAAGUAUGCUUUUGUUUGGGAGGGUUGGAAGUUUUGAUUCGUAUCAACGAUAGGCGAUGAAAGAACCAUCGGAGACGAAGCACCCUAACAGUACGGAAAGGAACUCGAAAACGAAAGGGAAGAGCAACAAUUUUGAGUUUUGUAAAGUAUGCAAGCUCAAUCACAAUCUAGGUCGCCGCCAUAACUACCUUCCUAACCACGUCAAAUCACUCUCAUCUUUCCUAUCUCGAUUUCAGUCCAAACUCUCUGAUGUACGGUUUUUUCUUAAGAACCCUAACUUACUUCGUCCAGAGCUUGCAUCUCGCAAGAGGUUUUGGUGUGUCUUUUGCGAUUCUGAUGUUGCGGAGAACGACAGUUCUUUUGCCUGUGAAAAUGCAAUCAGCCAUCUUGCAAGUGCAGAUCACUUGAAAAACUUAAAAAGUUUUAUGUGGAAACAUGGUGGAGGAAUGGAUCGAAUUGAUGGUUUCCGGAUUUCAGAGGCAGAUAUUGCUAAGUAUGAAAAGAAGUGCAUAUCAAUGAAGAACAAAGGUGCUAGUGAACAAUCUCAUGGCCCUAUGAUUGGACCUUCAAAUGAUAUCCACAAUGAACUGAAAUUUGAUUAUGUAUCCCAUUCAGAUAUGUCUGGAGUUUAUGAUGACAAAUUGUUGCUGUUGGGUUCAAAUGCAAAGCAUUCAAGUAACUUAAAAGGUAAUGCAGGGAAAAGUUGCUUAACUGAUGGUAAUCUUCACAAUAAACCGGGGAAGAUAUGCCAGGUAUAUGCACAGAACAGGGAAGCUAAUGGGGAUGAUAGUUCAGCAGGUUUGCAGAAGCUCACUCGAAUUUCUUCUUCAGUCCAUGAAACGGACACCGGAAACGUGCAUUCCGGAGCACCCCCUCCUUGGCUUAAUACAACGAACGGAAUUCAUGUUGAUCCUGGAAUGGAAACAGAUCCUGUGAUAAAACCUGUAAAAUCAAAGUUAAAUCCUAAAAGGGUUGGAGCUGCUUGGGCUGAAAAAAGAAAGAUAGAAAUGGAGAUGGAGAGAAAUGGGGAACUACCUGCUAACAGAUUUGAUGCCAGCUGGCUUCCAAAUUUCGGUAGAGUAUGGCAAUCAGGAAGCAGAAAAGACUCCCGGAAAGAAUUUCAGGUGGAAAAAAAGAAACCUCUUAAGGAUGAAAAAAAUCAUUCUGAUGAUUCAUCAUUGCAGUUGCAGCCUUAUAUAAGCAAACGAAUGCGCAGAGAAGCCAAUGAAUGAUUUCUUCUGCUAUGAUGACUUUGUAUUUUGAUGAGUAUAAAUUUCAGAGGCAAAAUGAGAAAUUGGUGGAUUGGAAUUGGCAACUAACAGGGUACGUACAUAUUGCAAGUAAAUUAAAAAACUAUGUCAAUUGUCGUAUUGAUAUUUGUGGUUCUUUAUGUAAUAACUAAUGGGGUUAAGGUUUUUUGGGUCAAACAAAAGAAGUCAUUGACAGCUGAUAACUUGAGACAAACCUUUAGUCUAAAUGCGGAAUCUUAGUAAACAAAGAUGUCUAUACGUGAUACUAAUAAUUUAUUUGACUAUUAAUAAAAUAACAAAUAAGCAUAUUUACAAGACAAAAUUGCAGAACGAUUUUUGAGUUUUGUUACAAUGCUAGUCCUCUUAUGAUUUCAAAUCCUUACAUGAUUGUUGGUUUUGUUUAACACCGUUAAUAACUACCAUUAAGUCAUUGUAAAGUCCAUUAUGUAAUAACUAAUGUGUUGUCUCAUUUCAUAAAAUUUCCUUUAAACAGAAAAACAUUGAGCCUCCAUUUUCCCCUAAGUAAUUAUAUAAGGUUCCUACUCGUUGGUGUUAAAAUGGAUUUUCUAGAAGUAAUUUGUACGAAUCAACCUUUCACAAGUCAUUUGUGGGUGGGUGGGUCAUCGGAGGGAGGUGGUGGCUAGAGAAAAUGAAAGUGUGUGGAUGGUUGGCCGGAACAGAUGAGUUAAUUUCAGCUUUGAAUGAACCCAUUUGAGAUGAUAUAUAAUUAAACGUUAAAAUAAAAUUAAGGGGCAAAAUGAUCAUUUUGCACACACUUAACUGUCAUUUGUUAAUGAUGUUAGAUUUAGGGACCAAAACAAGACGAAAACCACAAAAAUGACCAUUUUUACGAGUUGAAACUAUUUUGAACAUUAGACAAAGAAAAAUGAAAACCACAGGGUCAAUCGUAGUUUUGUCUAAAUUAUCAAAAGUAACUUUAUUAUUUGCCUACUAUUAUAUAAAAAACAAGUUACACAAUUGGUCCUUGUUGUUUACAAAAACUAGCGUGGUUGGUCCCUAUCCUUUUUUUUUUCUAUUCAAUUGGUCAUGUGUUUCAAUAUCUUGCAUGAUUGGUUCUUUACACAUGUUAAAUGAAAUAUAUUUUAGAAUCUUAAAGAAAACGUACAUAUAAGAAUCUUUCCACCGUUCCCAUUAAUCAUUAAGAGGUUAUAUUGAUAUAUCGUUUGGAAUCUUAAAAAACAAUGAAAAAUACUCCAUAGAAUACCCAAAUUUAGUGUAUAAACUCAAGUUGACAUCAUUAUGGAUGCAUUUGCUUUGUAUAACUACAUUUGUAGUAAGUCUGAUUAAGACCUUUACUAUUGUUGUUGUUGUUGUUGUUGAUGAUGUCAUACUUCUUAUA